AUAGAUUAUCACCUAUGUCUGGAAGAGCCUUCAGUAGCAGAGUCCCAGGCUUAAUCACCAAACAUCUCCACUUAAAAGAGAAAAUGCUAUCGCAAAGAACUAUCACUGGCCUUUUAUUGGUAAUUCUGUGUCUUGCAGGAAACAUCACACUCACAGCUGGUCAGCCAAACUGUGAAUGUAUUAAUUCAAUAUGUUCAGAAAACCUCACGUGUUCAGGAGAUUGGUGUUUUGUAAGCAAACACUGGCAGGACGGAAAAAUUAUCCAUAAGAAAGGCUGCCUGAAGGAAGAAACUGAGUUAUGCCGGGCCUCUAUCAUAAAAAACUAUGGCAUGAAAUGCUGUCGGGGCCACAUGUGUAAUUUGGAUCUUUCCAUCCAGCUAACAGGUGAAAAGCAUGAAGAGGGCCCAACUUUGAAGAAUCUUCUCCUGAUGAUCCUGGUUCCACUGUUUGCUAUUUUGAUUCUGAUUGUAUUAGUUGGUCUCUUUGUCUGGAAGCUGGCCCAGAGACGGCGGAGACACAUGUCUUUUGGGUCUAAUGAACUGGGGGAUGUGGAUUUUAUGCUGAAGACCUCUCUGGUCGGGGACAGCACCUUAGAAGUCUUGCUGAAUGAUGACUGCACUACUGGAAGUGGCUCUGGGCUACCCUUUCUAGUCCAAAGAACUGUGGCUCGGCAGAUCACCUUGGUUGAAUGUGUCGGCAAAGGACGCUAUGGGGAGGUGUGGCGUGGUACUUGGCAUGGGGAGAAUGUGGCUGUCAAGAUUUUCUCUUCCCGCGAUGAACAGUCAUGGUUCCGUGAGACAGAGAUCUAUAACACGGUGCUGCUGAGGCAUGACAACAUCUUGGGAUUCAUUGCCUCAGACAUGACAUCACGCAACUCAAGCACCCAACUCUGGCUAAUCACCCACUACCACGAGCAUGGCUCCCUCUAUGAUUACUUGCAAUGCACAGUGUUGGACGUGGAGACCUGCUUGCGUUUGGCCACCUCGAUCAUCUGUGGGCUCGUCCAUCUGCAUGUGGAGAUCUUUGGCACCCAGGGCAAGCCAGCCAUUGCUCAUCGGGAUCUGAAAAGCAGGAAUAUAUUGGUCAAGAACAAUAAACAGUGCUGCAUUGCUGAUUUAGGACUGGCAGUCAUGCAUUCCCAGAGCAGUGACUACUUGGAUAUUGGGAACAACCCACGGGUGGGCACCAAACGCUAUAUGGCACCUGAAGUUUUAGAUGAGCAGAUUCGUAUGGACUGUUUUGAAUCCUUCAAGCGGACAGACAUCUGGGCUUAUGGCCUGGUCCUAUGGGAGAUAGCCCGAAGAACCAUCGUGAAUGGGAUUAUUGAAGAUUAUAAACCUCCUUUCUUUGACUUGGUUCCAGUCGACCCCAGCUUUGAAGACAUGAAGAAAGUGGUUUGCACUGACCAGCAGACCCCCACCAUUCCCAAUCGGAUGUUCUCUGACCCGACUUUGUCUGCCCUAGCUAAGAUCAUGAAAGAAUGCUGGUUCCAGAGUCCCCCAGCAAGACUCACAGCUUUGAGGAUUAAAAAGACACUGAAAAAACUCAGCAACUCCUUCCUCAAAGCCAAACACUCUCCUAACUUCUGGGACCAGAGAUCGGAUUUCUGACUCCUUAGCUCAAAGGAAGUUCAAGGUCACCCCUUCAGUGUUCACUGCUGGUCCUUGUCUCUGUCCAUGACUUCAACAGACCUCCUUUGAAACUUGACCAAGAGGAUUUGGGCUAGAGCCCUAUAACUCAAACUGACCCUCUGAAGGGAAAUUUCACAGAACAGAUGACAGCUUCUGGAAUCUUUAAUUUGUUCCUCUAGCAACAAAAGGGAGGGGGGCAUACCCACCUCUCAGAGAAUGUACAUUAGUAUAAAUACCCCCUGGAUCUGUAACCUGACGCCAGCCUGUCUCGCCACCAACUCCUGAAAAUUGGGAGGGAUCACACUUGGAAAGAGCGCAGCUGCUAUGCCUAAAGGGGUGGCUGCCUUUGAAACACCAGUUAAGGAUCACUUGCAAAGUAGUGUUUAGACUGAACAUACAGUAUAGAAUCUGUUCAUGCCUCUAGCUGUGUGUGCAUGCACGUGCAUACGUGUGUGCAGAGGAGCAAUUUCAAAAGCACAUGCAAAGGUUUAAAUGGAUAGGUACAGCUAUGCGUUUGUGCCAGAUAAAUCUGAGACUGCUGUGGGCAUACUACAGCUCUUUCUAUAUGUAGAUGAACAUGGAAGGCUGUCUAGAUGGCCAGUGUGGUAUUGCUUUGCUUGCAUGUAGCCAUGAUUUUUUCUAAGUCUGAAUUCAGUAGCACAAGGCUCCAGAAUGGCUUUCAAUCCCAUCACUGAUUACAGCCAGCCCUCACUAGCCCUGUUAUAGAAUCCCAGAACAUGGUCAAUAGAUACAGGGUAUAGCAACCAUGCUGAACUGAGCUGGUUCUGCUCUCUUCCUGGAUGGAAGACAACUAGAGAACCUUUCUCUCACACACACAAACACACACACACAGAGAACAUAAUUAUGUUCUGCAUUUGGGUCCAGCAAGAGUUAAGCAUUGCCAGCACUAUCAUUCAGCCACUGCAGCUUUUCUUAGGAGCCCCCAAAGCUCUUAGGCAACCUGGAACCAAUGUGAAUGUCCAACAGGUGGACUUGCAUAUUAAUACAUCAACUGAAUUUUAAGAAAUUUAAGUAUGCAGGUAAGACACAAGGUAAAAGUCUAACCAAAUGUAAUGAUGGGAACUUUACCCUAUUGAUUAUAAGAUGGGGGUGAGAGGAAUGGGCCAGAGUCACAGUCUAAAAUAUAGGCUGGGUCAAACGUUACUCUUUCCAGCUGAUGUUACUGAAUGGAUGGGUUGCAAGAGCUGUAAGCUACAUAAACCCUGGGCACAAACUGAGUUCCACUGGGGUUGAGAUGGGUAGAUACCUUCUUCACAUAGCUGGAUAGAUCCACAAAUGAACAGAUUGCAAAGGCCAGGACCUGUGCUUGAAAAAUUACUGUUUUGAAAGAAAAGUGUGGGAGGUGGGGAAAGCUUGCAAUAUUUUAAUCAAUCCUAAGGCUGAAUUUCUGAAUAGCCUAUUACAAGAUAAGACAAAACCUUAACAGGAAAACAGUGGGGAGGUCCUGUUCAUUCAACAGAGUUGUGCUAACAUCUCCAAGGAAUUAGCUUUCUUUGCCUUACAAAUAAUGUAUACCGGCAUAUAAUAUAUCCAGGAUAGCUGAGUAGAACUGAGUGAAAGAUAUGUAACCUCAUUUCAUCAACAAGCCUCAAAAUUGCUUUCAGAGCAUUACUAAUUUGCACAGGAAUUAUUUUCAUAUUUAUUAAACAUGCACCAGGAAAAAAAAUCACCA